AUUGUUCAAAUACAGUCAAAACGCCAAACAAGUGUACAAAUCCUAUCCGUUGGUGAUGGUAUUUUGCAUUGAUAAACUCUCUCCGUUGACGUUUAUCACCAAGUUCACACCUGUCGAUGGCAUUGUCGAUGUUUCUGAUUGAACAAUCGCCCACCUUGUAUGGUCAUUCUCAUCCUGAACAUUCGACAGUACGAACGUUGUAUCGGCUGGCCAUGGAGUGCAUUGAUAUGGAAACUGUACAAAAAGAAGAUUUGGUACAUGUUGUUGAUGCGAUUUGCAGUAACAAUGAAAAGUUGUUGCAUAAGGUGGCUGCUUCCCUUGAAAACGUCUCUGGCUCGCUCAAGGCAAAAAGAAUCGUGUCACGUGCACUGGAAUUCAACCAUGCGGCCAAACGAAAAUAUGUGGAUGAUGACGACAGUGACAGCUCGCUUGAGCCUUUACCAAGCUGCAGCGUCAAGAAAACCGCAGCAGAAGAUUCUGACAAGCAUGACGAUCUGCAAUUCAUCAUCAGCUUCCGCAAGAAGCUGGUGGGCAAAAUGAAUUGGGUGCGCUGUUUGGAAUUGGCCCAUGAAAAAAAUCUUUGCAAGCGUUUUUCAACAGAUGAAAGCAUUCGAUAUUUCUAUCGCAAUUCAAUAAAAAAAUGAAUCUACCUCUGAUAUCAAGUAUGCCGCAUACCUCCUUCAAGUUGCAUAUCAUCUCGGCUUUGAAUAAAAAAAAUUAUCUUUAUAUUGGAUGGCGUGUCCCUUUCCUUAUGCUUCCUUUCUGUAUCUUGGUGUCAUGUUUUUAUAAGUGAGACUCUUUAUGGGGCAGAAGCGUCAAAGUAUACUUUAAUUUAUAAACGUAAAUUGAGAGGGGGUGUGAUAUAAUGAACAAUGCUGUAGUGGUUUGCACGGUUGCUAUGGCAACGAGAAGCGUUUCGGACAGACGGACAAACCGGUACUUG